UUUUUUAAAGGGGGAUAGAAAGAAAAAAAAAGAGGCUGCAACUCCCGUCGGAAGUGGAAUGUCGCCUCCCGGCGGCAAUGUUGGAGAAGAGAAAAGUGAUUUCGAAAUACCCCCGUCCGCCUCCACACGUAUAACGCACGCACAGUGAGCGAAUAGGAUGUUUAAAAAGGGCUCAGUCUCAGCCGCCUGGUAUUCAUUUCAAUCCGCUCCACGGAGAACUGCACUCCAUCUCUUCCUUUUUCUCUACCCUUCUUUAAUUUAUUUGGCCACUUAUCUCCCCCCCCCAUCAGAAAAGUGAUUCAAGUGCGACACCCACAGGCCAUUCAUCGUUCUAAUUUAUUGCUCCAGUUUGUACCCCCAUCGCAAAUAGCGUCAUGAAUCUAAUUAUCCUCGCGACGUUGGCCAUCAUCUUCGCGAUCCAUUCCUCAAACUCUUCCGUAUGGCCGGUCCGUGCGGACUAUUCGAAUCCAUCGGCAUUAUCACACAGAGUGGCACGAAGAGCCUCCUCGCUACCCUAUUGGUUGCGUGAGCUUCGCAAUGGCGGUCGGAUAAACUCGGCGGCAUUUUUGCGAAAACAUCGCCACACGGAUGACAUCUUCACCGACGACGACGCUGCUGCUGCCGUCGCUUUGGAGCCUUACAUUCAACAAGCGUCGAACACGGGAAAAGGGAUCGCACCGAAUGAGCAAGACGCCAUGUUUUUCGGGGCCGAUAAAGCGGACAAAGUGGUUGUUAAUGAAGCCGGUGCGAUGGAAGGCGCUGCCGCCAUUGAUUUCGGGGUCCAAGAUCGAAUGAAAAAUAGGUUCCCUCAUCACGGACGCCAUCCCGGUUGCAAUAAGACGGAGGGCGUCGCUGCUAGCGAGACCGACAACUCGGAAAUGGCUGACGUUUCAUCUUCGGUCGACUACAUCAAUCAACCCGUUUGGACGCCGGUAGUGAACGAAUCUCAGUGCCAAUCUUACGGAUCGUCGCAGUUUUGCGAGGACGUGACCAAUUAUCCAGCGGAGGCCAUCAAAGAGAUCCUCAUGUCAGAUAACGGGAGUCUGUUGACUACGUUUUUCGCCGACAACAUUCAACCGUUGGCGUCGAGUAGCCAGCCGGACGAAUCCAUGAUAUUGGCGCAGCGCAAACCUGAUUUGAGCACGGCAGUGACGGCGCACGCCAUUAAUACCAGAAUCAAACCAUCUGUAACGUCAGCCACUGACAUUCUACCUCUUUGCGAUUCAAAGACCGAAUUCUUGUUCCCGAAAUCGGCCAGAAGUAAAGACAACGAAAUGUUGAUGAUCGUUAACCAAGACAACAUCUCGCAGCCAAUCACGGUCGAGACUUGCCGGGGUGAAAACAAACCGUGUCAUCACGCAGAAAAUUUCCCGGCUGGAUUCAAAGCCGUUUGUAUGCAGAAAUUUGUCACACACCACUUGGCGGCCAUCAAAAACGGCAAAAUCGUUCGUGAAGCCUUCACCUUUCCAUCCUGUUGCGUGUGCGUUCUCAAGCAACCGUUCUUGGAUUCACGCGCCAACAUUCCAUCGGCUAUUUCUAGAAGGGCCAUCAUGCCGUCAUCUCAGCAGCGGAUGGCAGCUGAGAUAGACGGACAGCGAUGGCAAUAGGAUUGUUUUUUACUCUUGGCUGGACGCGGGUUUGGGCCGAAGUCGCAUAGAUUGCAAAUAACGAUAGUGUUGGCUGUUGUCCUUGACGUCGGACCUUAAGUGCCCGCUCAAAGAAAAUAAGAAGAACCCAUACAUACUCUUAUGUUUCACCACUUCUCAUCGAACUCUAGAAUUGUUUUCCCGAUAUUUUUGCCCUUGUUCCUUUCACGUCAAAAACGUAACGACGAAUUCAAAGAAAACAAACAAGACCCGGGAUUAGAAAAACAACUCGCAUAACAAAAACGAAUGUAACUGAAGUCGAGUUGUCGCCCUAAAUCCAGAUAGUUUUUUUUUUGUGCCUCACUCAAAAAUAUUUUCCGCAAUUGUUAAAAAAAAAUAAUGCUCGAUCAUUUUCCCCAAUUUUAAUUUAUUCAAAUUUUAUUAUUUUAUUUUUUCAAAGUUACGAGAAGAAAAUGUUUCGACUCACAAAAACAAGAAUCGCAUUCAUAUCAGCCAUGCGUGUGAAUUAUUUAUGUCACCCCCCCCCACCUACUCGUUUGAUCAUGCAUUGCAACCGCAAUUGAAAUCGACUAACUUAAAUGUAUCGCCAGUUUCAUUGUUGAUGGGCCUUUGUGUUUCGCCUUAUCCCAUGUUGCCUCGUCGCUGCAGUGCCACGACCCACACAAGACCAAGAGAGCGGCAGUAUUGAUUGGUCCCUUCAUCAACGGACCAUGUCGCCCCUCUUCACCGUCUUUUUUGUUUCCCCUACUCCUUUUUCUUUUAUUUUCUUUUUAUUUGUUACACAAUGUGAGAUGAGACGUAACGGUCAGCAUUUCCCGAUGAUAGAAGAUUGCUCGUCUAUACGCCGCCAUCACCCCUACUUUUCUUCCUUAUCCCUGAUCUGCCUACUAAUGCCUUUCGUAUUUCAUUUUUUUUUCUUCCAUUGUUUUCUUUACAACCGCCUCUGUUCAAAGAGCGCAACCGUGUGUUCCGCGGGGUCGAGAGAUCGCGCACCGCAUAAACCGACAAUAUAAUGUCGCACGAAUAUCCAACCUAA